AUGAUUCAUUCUUUGUUUAUUUUUUUCUUUCACGUUUUUUUCUUCUUUAAUUCUAUUUGUUCAUCUAACAAUCCCAUUUUUGGUAUGCUAUUUUCAAAUCAUUCUUUCUUUCCUUCUUGCUAUCCUUCUUUUUUCUUUCUUUCUUUCUUUCUCUUUAACGUCUUCUUUAUGCUUUGUUCAACUUUCAGUUCCUUUCUUUGGUGUACUACUUUCAAAUCAUUCUUUCUUUCUUUCUUUCUUUUUUUCUUUCUUUCCUUUUCUUUCUUUCUUUCUUUCUUUCCUUUUCUUUUUUUCUUUCUUUCUGUUCCACUUACAAUACUUUCUUUGGUAUGCUAUUUCAAAUCAUUUUUCUUUCUUUUUUUCUUUUUUCUUGCUUCCUUUAUUUCUUGUUUCAAUUCCGUGAUCAUUUCAAAUCCUUUUAAUCAUUCUUUUUUUUUAUUUCAUUUUUUUUUUAAAUUUUCAUUUUUUCCCUGCUGUCCUCCAUUCAAAUAUUUCUUUCUUUUUGUCAUUCAUUCUUUCUUUCUUUCUUUCUUUUUCUUUCUUUCUUUCUUUCUUUUUUUUUCUUACCUGCUUGCUUUCUUCUUUCAUUAUUUCUUUCUUUCUUUGCUUCUUUCUUUCAAUCUUUCUUUCAUUCUUUCUUUUUCUUUAACGCUUUCUUUCUUUCUAUUUGUUUAA